GAGUAAGGAAGGAGGAGGAGGAAGGAGCGUCUCUCCGCUGAUGCUCUGAGUCUUUCUGCCUCUUCGUCGUUUUUAAAGCUCCGGUGAAAACUGCGACAUCCGGUAAGAAGCUCCGAGAAAUAAACUGGAUUCAUUUCACCGGGAACACGAAGCAGGUGGUACCAUGGGGAACGGCUCGAUGAAAUCAAAGCGUUACAAACACACGGGCGCCUCCAACGGACGAGCCCACAAGGAUCACUGCUGCGGGUACAAGAUCUCGUCCUUGGAUUCCCUGAGGGUCCUGGUGGAGGAGCUGGAGCGAGAAGGCAAGAGGAAGGACGAGGAGCUUUGUGCCAGAGAGCAGCAGAUCAGAGGUCUUCAGGAGCAGCUCGUCAAGCAGACGCGAGCUCUGGCCGAGCUGAGCGAGGAGCUGCAGAACAAGUGCAUCCAGCUCAGCAAGCUCCAGGACGUCAUGAAGGGUCCGAGCGGACCCUCUGGAAUCACGGCGUCACGGGCUCCCUCCAUCAAAACGCGCGGAAAGAACAGCCCUAACCUCAGCGUCCGCAUCAAGGAAACCCUCAACAGGAGGAAAGGGGCCAAAGCCGGGGUGUCAGCCGAACCCACGUCCAGGACGUACGACUCCAGCAGCCUGCCCAAGUUCUCCCUCGAGAACGCCCGGGUACCCAAGGAUGCAAG